AUUUUCCUGAGCGGCUUCAGUCGUUGCCUGUCAACAAAGCGCUGCGAACGUGUCUGAAGAACCUGCUCCGCAAAAUUAACUCAAUAAUAUUCCAAGUCGAAUGCGAAAUAAAUUAGAAUUGAAUUGAAUUGAAGAAUUUCCACCCAAAGUGCUCCAAAGUGUUGUGUUCGAAGAAAGUGCUGAAGAAACAAACCAAAUGCCCAACAUGGCAAUGAGCUUUUAAAUAUUCCACAAAAACAUUUCGAAUUUAAUGCACAAAGACUGUCAAAGGUGUUUUCUUAGACAUAAAACAUAACAAACUCCACAGAAACUCAAUUUUCACAAGCAGCAGCCAGCAGCAGCAACUCCAAAGAGGAACUAGAACCAUGUGACGGACGCCCGGGCGUGGCACGCAUAAAGUAUGGAAAACAUAUCAAAACAUUUGCGAUUCAGCAGCUGGUUCAGGCAUCCACAAAUAGGCUGACGACCAGGGCAUAGGAAAUUACCAGACGAGGAGUGGUGCAGGGCACUAAAGCCAACAUGAAAGGACAUUCGAAACCGAAUGGGGCAGCUGCCGACCGCAGUGGCCGCCGCAACGUGGACAGCGACAACAGCCAUGUCCAUGUCCAUGUACACGUCCAGUGCCCAGACCAUCGCAGGGGCAUUCUGUUAUUUGUGCUGACAGCGCUGACACUAACGAGCUUAAUAACGCCCACAGAGCAGUUGACAGUGGCGCCAAAUGGAACCUCACAGCAGCAGCAGCAGCAGCAACAACUGGAACAGCAACAGCAACUGGAACUGGAAGUGCAACUGCAACAGCAACAGCAAUUGCAACUGGAGCUGGAGUACAAGCACAUGAAUGGCAAUCUGGUGGCAGCAGUGGACUUCAAUGGCACACUGGCACCGGGACGGCCACCGAUGACGCCCCACCAGCAUCGCAAUGGCAGCGUCGGGGGGCAUUUUCCGGGUGGUGCCAUCGAUUGCAGCAAAAGCGGCGGCAACGGCAACUUUAUACUGAAACUCAUCGCAAUGAUCCUGUAUGCGAUGGUCUGCAUCGUUGGACUCUUUGGCAACACUCUGGUGAUCUAUGUGGUGAUGCGAUUCUCCAAGAUGCAAACGGUGACGAAUAUUUACAUACUGAAUCUGGCCAUUGCGGAUGAGUUCUUCCUGAUUGGGAUACCCAUUCUGAUCUACACGAUGCAGGUGGGCAACUGGUCGUUCGGGGACUACAUGUGCAAGGCGUACAUGGUGAGCAGCUCCAUCACAUCGUUCACCUCUUCGAUCUUCCUGCUGAUCAUGUCCGCCGAUCGGUACAUAGCUGUGUGCCAUCCGAUAUCCUCGCCCCGCUACCGCACCCCGUUCGUGUCGAAGCUGGUGUCGGCCUUCGCCUGGAUGACCUCAGUGCUGCUGAUGCUGCCCGUCAUUCUGUUUGCCAGCACUGUGCCGGCGGAGAAUGGGCUGCUGAGCUGCAACAUCGAGUGGCCGGACACGCAGAACCUGGACUCGGACUCCACGUUCAUACUCUACUCGCUGGUGCUGGGCUUUGCCACGCCGCUGACCUUCAUUCUGGUCUUCUACUGCCUGGUCAUCCGGAAGCUACAUACUGUGGGGCCCAAGCACAAGAGCAAGGAGAAGAAGCGAUCCCACAGGAAGGUCACCAAGCUGGUGCUGACCGUCAUCACGGUGUACAUCAUGUGCUGGCUGCCCCACUGGAUCUCGCAGGUGGCGCUCAUCAACUCGGUGCCGAAUCCGUGCGGCGCCUCACGACUCGAGCUGGCCGUCUUCCUUGUCUGCGGCUGCCUCAGCUACUCGAACUCGGCCAUGAACCCCAUCCUGUACGCCUUCCUCAGCGACAACUUCAAGAAGAGCUUCAUGAAGGCCUGCACCUGUGCGGCCCGCAAGGACGUCAAUGCCCAGCUCCAGCUGGAGAACAGCUUCUUUCCCAAGUUUGGCAAGAGCCGGCAGUCGGAGCGACUAAUCGGUGGUGGCAACAAAGCGUCCAAGGCCGCUGGCACGGCCAAGAAGCGGGCCCUGGCCGCAGCGCGGAACAACAAUGCACCGAUGGCCACCACCACGACGACCACGACAACGGCGGGCACGGAUGCAGUGACCUCUGUCCAGCCAGCUGUUCAUUAUGCUCCCCCUUCUGAGCCAACAGCGCCAUCCUGCAGCGGCAAUCCUGCCACACUCCUGGUGGUCAACGCCGAGACCAACAACUGUAAGCCGCCCGUCCUGCACACUGACUUAUAAGACCAGGCCCAGGCCCAGGCCAUGCCGCUGGAGACGGUUGUGUUUAUAGCCAGAAGAUGAGGGCAGGCCGACAUCGGUGUGGGCGCGGAAGUGGGUGUGGGUGUGGUAGUGGAACUCGAUAAAGAUCUGACCAUGCAGUCGGAGGUGUUGCUUUAGGUUAAGCAUUCAUUCUCGAUGGAUAUUGAUAUUUUAUAGGGAUAGAGCAAAAGCGAUGCGAAACGCUGCGAGUGAAACUGAUUUGGGAAAAGAUUAUGACAGGGAAUCGAUUAUAAACUCAUUUAUGUUUCAGUAUACAAAAAAGAACUUGACACCAGGGAAAUAUUCUUCAUAAAAUUACUUCAAAUCAGAGAACACAAAGGUCAGAGAAGCAGUCACUAUCGCAUCGGUUUGCUGCCAGUCAGAUUAGUGUUUGGAUAAGUUUGCGUGGAUAAUUUUAGUGUCGUUUUCCAAUUUACAUACUCUGCUAGAAUAAGGUUGAAAAUCUUUACAAAUAAGUUGAAGAGUGGAGUGAAAGUGGAACACGAGAACGAGAAAGUGAAAGUGAAAUAGUGGAAAUAAUUAGUGGAAAGUGACAAGUGUUAAGUGUUGAGAUUUGAUCUUAGAUUUCAAGGAAAAGAACUCAGAAAAAUGCGCCAAAAAAACCCAAACCCAAAGGGGGAACCCAAAGAAUUCCAGAAAGGCAAAAAUAAUUCCAUUGGAAAUAAAACGAACAAAAAGUAUUCGCUGAAACAAGAAAUCAAA